CCUUUCUCAUAUCUUUCAAGUUCAGGAAUUUGUAAUCAGUCUCUUCUUCUAUUUUCCUUUGUUCAAAAGUGACAUCUUUAGAAGAAGAAGAACAGAAAAGGUUCAGAGAAUAAUUUGAAUAAUUCUGAUCACAUUCUCUAGCAAAACCCAAACUAUAUCUUCAAAGUCAAAGACAUGGUUGAUGCUGUUGUGUCUGUGUUCUUAGAAAAACUGCUUGAAGCUCUAUCCGAGGGGAGUCGGGUUUUGAUCGAAUUCAGGGAUCAAUUCGAAACUCUACAGAAUGAGCUUCAGUUAAUGCAAUGCUUUCUCAAAGAUGCAGAGAGGCUCAAAAGAAAAAACCAAACACUUCGCCUAAUCAUGGUGAACUUGAGAGAGCAUAUUUAUCAAGCUGAAGACAUGCUUGCUGAUUGUCAACUCCAAUCAAUGGAUAAUGAUUCUUCAUUGUCUAGUGGUUGGUUGAUGUGUUUCAAUCCUUCAAAGAUUCCAUUGCAGUAUCAAACUGGAAAGCGCCUCGAGGAAAUGAUUGAGAAGAUUUUUGAAAUCAAGAAGAACAUUUCAACUUAUCUUGGAGUGCCAAUUUUGAGCCAACCAGGGAAUUAUGGUCCACACGAUGACCAAAUACCAAGAUGGAGCUCUCCUGUUUAUGAUCAUACCAAAGUUGUUGGUUUAGAAGGUGAUACUAUGAAGUUAAAGAACUGGCUUUUGGAAGGUGACAAGGAAAUUUUGGCAAUUGGGGUUGUGGGGAUGGGAGGAUUGGGUAAAACAACUAUUGCUCAGACAGUGUUUAAUGAGAGGGAAAUGGAGGAUUAUUUCGAAAGGAGAAUAUGGGUUUCGGUUUCUCAAACAUUCACUGAAGAACAAAUCAUGAGAAGCAUAUUGAGGAACUUGGGAGAUGCUAGCAUUGGUGAUGAUGCAGGGCAACUGUUGAGGAAGAUAAACCAGUAUCUUUUGGGGAAGAGAUUUUUAAUUGUGAUGGAUGAUGUUUGGGAUGGUGAUAUUGGUUGGUGGAGUAGAAUCUAUGAAGGGUUACCAAAAGGGAAUGGAAGCUGUGUUAUUAUUACUACAAGGAUUACUGAAGUUGCACAAAAGAUGGCUGUGAAAGAAUCAAGAAUGCAUAGACCAAAGUGCCUUAAUAAGCAUUACAGUUGGCUUCUGUUUCGAAAUGUAGCAUUUGCAGCUCAUGGAGGGGUGUGCAAAUAUCCAGAAUUGGAGGGUGUUGGAGAAGAAAUUGUUGACAAGUGUAGGGGUCUUCCUUUAGCAAUCAAGGCAGUUGGAGGAAUUAUGCUUUGUAAACCACCGCGUUACCCUGAAUGGAAGCGAAUUGCAGAUCAUUUUCGAGAUGAGUUAGCUGAGAAUGAUAACUCUGUCAUGGCUUCACUCCAAUUGAGCUAUGAUGAACUUCCAUCUUACCUCAAAUCUUGCUUUCUCUGCUUGUCUCUUUAUCCUGAGGAUUGUGUCAUAACAAAGGAUCAGUUGGUACAUUGGUGGAUUGGAGAAGGUUUUGUGCCACUGAGAUGUGGAAGAUCAGCUACUGAAGCCGGUGAGGAUUGUUUUGCGGGAUUAACAAAUCGGUGUUUGCUUGAAGUGGUUGACAAAACUUAUUACGAGGCGAUAGACAGUUGUAAGGUUCAUGAUAUGGUUCGUGAUUUGGUCAUUGAUAUUGCGAAAAAAGAUGCAUUUUCGGGCCAAGAUUAUUCGAGUACGCGCCAUUUAAGCAUUGAUACCCCCAUAGCAAACAAGCAGUUGACCGCCAAUUCGAAGCUACGAGCAUUGCUGUCCACAACCAAAACCGGGGAAGUGAACGAGAUUGCUUUAAACAUAGCAAGGAAGUUCUGUGAUUCUCACUACUUAAGAGCCAUUGAUCUUUCAAGAUCAAUCUUUGAAACCCCUCUAAAAGGUCUGCUAAGUCAAGUUGGAUCUCUCCAACACUUGACUUAUCUCGGCCUAAGCAACACUCACCCGUUAGUUCUACUUCCACCAUCAUUGGAAAAGCUUCAAAAUCUGCAGAUUUUAGAUGUAAGCUACUGUCAAAACCUGAAAUCUAUCCCUACAUACAUAGUCACAUUCAAGAAACUGAGGGUGUUAGACGCGAGCCACUGUGGUUCACUCGAUUUCCUGCCUAAAGGGUUAGGAAGACUGUCACAGCUCGAAGUGUUACUAGGUUUCAAACCCGCGAAAUCUAACCAGCUAGAAGGAUGUCGCAUUGGAGAGUUGAAAAACUUAAUGAGACUAAGGAAACUCGGGCUUCAACUCACUCGUGGAGACGAGAUUGCAGACACCGAAGUCCAUUCGAUGGUGAAACUACCAGAGCUGCAGCAUCUGUCAAUAAGUUGUUUCGACAGUCACGGUGAUGAUAUCAUAGCGAAACUAGACAAAUUCUUUCCUCCUGAACAGCUUCAUGAGCUGAGUCUCAAAUUCUAUCCAGGAAAGAUUAGUCCAAUGUGGCUAAACCCCAUUUCACUCCCCAUGUUAAGGUACCUCUCAAUAUGUUCUGGCAAUCUUUGUAAGAUGAACAGAGGAUUUUGGGGUGAUGAUAACACUUCUGUUUGGAGAAUUGAGGGACUGUUGUUGGAGUCUCUCUCUGAUUUUGAAGAAGAAUGGUCAAAGGUGAAGCAAGUUAUGCCAUCACUAAGGGUUGUUAGUGGCAGUUGGUGCCCUGAAUUGGUGUCUUUUCCUAUUCAAGAUAUUGGGUUUAGGGGUGGAGUUUGGAAGAAAGAAGAGCCAGAAAAUUUGUGAUUAUUUUUUCAACAACAAAUUACAACUAGUUUAUUCAUAUUUCUUUUGGUACAAAAUAAAUAUAAUAAACAAUCAAAAUCUUUCAAUUAGUAACACACAGUUUCAUGAAUGCAUAAUUUUAUUUGCACUA